UUCACUUGUACGCACAGCACAAGCCAGGAAAAGAGAACACGUGCCCACUUGCAUGAUCGCACAAGCGUCAACACAUCCAUUACAACAUAGUUAGGGUGCGUUCCGAAAUCUACUGACAGUACUGACAGUACUGCUACUGAAGUUACUGGGUUUGAGCUGUUCCGAAACGCCAGUGAAUACUGGCAACACUAAAAAACGGAAUGCGUUUACAGUCAAACCAGCAACUGUUGAUGCCAUCAUAAAAACCUAACUUUAUACAAUCUAAUUAUGGCAAAUGUCAAUGCAAUUAUAAUUGCAGUGCAAGGUAUUGUGAAUGUUAUUAAUAGUGACAGUGACAGUUCAUCAGACGAUGAGGAAGAAAUUCUAAAUGUCUUAAACAUGAUUACUAAGCGUAGACCAUUGGAAUUAAGGCCACGCAUAAAAAAUUAUAUUGAAAAUGUUAUUGCUUUACUUUCGGAUGAAGGAUUCAAAGCACAUUUUAGAAACACUUCAUAAAUGUUAUUGUCGCCAUCAAUAAGUUCGUAUCGAACAGUUUCCAUUGUUACAAUUAAUUUUUUAACAAUCUCGUCAAUUUUAAUUAUACACAUUAAUGUACGGCGGACGGCGGCCAUAUGCUUUAUUGAAUUUGCACUACCUCCGGACAAUGUGUAAAAUUAGCCGGAAGUCAGUAAUUCCCUAGGGUCUAUUUUUGUAGAAUAGAUAGUAAUUUACAGUUGCUGACAGCACGCUGAAAACGAUUUCGGAACGAAAAAACAGUACUGUCAGUACUGGCAGUAGAUUUCGGAACGCACCCUUAAUUGUUUAUUAUAGUGUACAAUAUUACACUAUACAUUUCUUACGGAAAGUACACUAGAAGCAACUUUAAAUUUAUAUUUUAUUAGAAAAAGAAAUUCUGAAGCAUUUAAAAAAUGAGUUUGGCUAUCGUAAAGUUUGUUUUUACAAUUGUCAUUUUCGUUUAUUGGACCACACUUUCAAUUGCGGAUGUGCCAUUGACCAUAGAAGACUACGUGAACGAAUCGCUUCAACUUCAGUGUAAAGAUGAGAUUUCUUUAAACUUUUCAAACGCUGUGAUUUCUGAGAUUAACGAAGAUUUCAUUAGUAGUCCAAUAAUCACUUGUCUCAAUCUCAUAGGCAAUAAUAUUAUGAAUAUUGGGGAAGGCGCCUUUAAUGAAAUUCCCAAUUUAACACAUUUGUUUUUAUCUAAUAAUAAACUUGAUAAACUCUUUGGUUUUGGUACACACGAUAACCUACAAGUGCUUAUUAUAAAUAGAGCAAGAAAAGCAGAAAUGUAUGAUUCUUGCGAAUGUCGACGCAACCAAGAUUAUUGUUCAUACGAGAAUUAUAAAACAGUUCACAUUUUUGGCGAAUAUCCUAAUUUAGAAAUUUUGUCUCUUCGUGCAAAUUGUUUCACCGAAUUACAAUUUUCUCCAUUAAUGAAAGAGGAAACCUCAGAUUUUAAAAAGCAUUACGACAUAAUUUCAAAAGUUAUAUUUCCCAAGUUAAAGAUAUUGGAUUUCUCCGAAAACAUUAUAAAAACGACCAAUUUUAUAAAUUUGAUAUCGAAUAACUUAUACUUUCUCGAUCUUCAUGAUAAUUUGAUUGACUCUUUGAGUUUACAUGAAAAAGGGAACAAUUUGUUCGCACUAAACUUAAAUAAUAAUAAUUUUAAUACUAUUAGUCAUCAGGACAAUCUGUGUCUAUCGAUGGUUGGUUUAAAAAAUCUCCAUUAUCUUUCUGUUUUCAACAACAACAUUAAGAUCAUUCAUUCAAAUGCUUUUCAAGACAAUGGCAAAUUGCUCUACUUAAACUUAUCUUCAAAUUACAUAAAUUAUAUAUAUCCGGACACAUUUGCAAAUUUACAAUACUUAAAAACACUUGAUUUGAGUAUUAACGAACUUGAGAAUGUUCCACAAAUAUCAAAGAAAAUAGAACUCAACAGUUUGUAUAUUAAUUACAAUGACAUAACAAAACUAUUUUCACAUUCCUUCGUGCAAAUGCCAAAAUUAACGACAUUGUUAUUAGGACAGAAUAACAUUGAUGAGAUUGAGGUUAAUACAUUUGCUGAUCUUUUUAACCUAGAAGAAUUAGAUCUCUCAAAAAAUAUGUUGCGUUUUCUGCCUAAAAACUGGGCAGAUUCUCUUAUGUCAAUAAAAUAUUUGGAUUUAAGUUCUAAUUACUUUAUUUCACUGGAGCAUUUAUCGUUGUCAAAUGCAUCACCAUUGACAGAAGUAUAUUUAACGAUGAAUCCAUUAGAAUAUUUAAAUGUUGCAUAUUUUAAGAAUUUACCGCAAAAUCUUACUAUUAACUUAAUAGAUAAGUCAAAGUUUGCAAAAUAUUAUAAAUAGAAAUUCCAAAAAAUAUAAUUAUUAAAAACAAAUUUUUAAAUUAAAAUUUUAUUAUUGUAAUAAACAUAAAAAAUGUUUUCUUUGAUUAUUAAAAAUAAUAAAAUUUUACAAAACAAAAUUUUCUAUGUAUAUAAGUAUUGAAAAUCGAAUUUACAACAUUAAGCAAUGUAUAAUUACAUAUAAUUUUAAUGCUAUACACACACAUAUAUAUUAUUAUACUGUAUAAAAUUUUUAUUUCUUAAUUUUUUAAAUAAUCCUCAGGUUUCACACCUUAUUUUUGUCUCUAUCUAUAUACAUACUUUUAGAUAGCGAUAUAAAAGUAUAUCGAUUUAAAUCUUUUUCUUUUUUAAUUAAAAAAUAUUCCAGUCAUUAAAAAAAUAUAUUCUAAGGAGAGCGACAUAUGUAUGUAUAUGUAUAUGUAUGUAUAUAUCUACUUCAGAUCAAAAUAUAUUUUUAAAAAAGUAAAGACAUCUUAAAUUACAUUAAAUAGUGUGAGGCCUGAAGGUUUUUAUUGGAUAUAAUUGUUCUUGUUCAUAUAAGAAGAUGUUUGCAGAUUAUAUAAACACAACAAAUAUUAUAAAUUAAGUCUUAUAUGUAUAAAAUAAAUGGAAAUGAUUUUAAA